UAUAAUUUAUGUUGGUCUUCAUUUUCUUAUAGUCUCGUGUCUAAAAGAUUUCUUCUCGGAAUGUCUAACGUUCUCUUGAUGUUCAACACAUCGUCAGGUAUGAUUUAACCAGUGAAUGUGAUCCAAAUGACCCUCAGAAAGUCAUGGAUGCAGACAUCGUUCAAGCCUGUCACGAGACUAACGGCUCAAAGUACCAGAUUUACAGCUUUUAUGAUGGCCAGUAUUACAAAAAUAUUUUCUGCUACAUUUGUGGAACGAUGUUAUAUCCAUUUGAGAUGAUGGAUUGGUGGUGCUUUGACAGUUUUGUAGAUGGAGACAUGAAUCUUUAUCGUCUGCUGGUCAACAUUCAUGGCCGAGAUCAAGAGAGCAGUAGCAAACAUUCUGUCUGUAAUGACACUUUUUGGCCAGCACCAAACGGAGAUUGUCUUCAGCUGCGAUGUUCUCCUGGCAAGACUUUAAAGAACGGAACUUGUGUGACAAUAUUUUCAGAGAUCUGUGGCCUCGUGUACAGAGUGAGAGCUCUACUUAUACCCAACGUCUUGAGCACUACCAUAAACUAUACGACGGCUGAUAUCAUGGAUUUGGCAGCAGACCAGAUGUCAAGGCGUCUUAAAAAUAUAAGUGAUGGGCUCAAGUAUCAGUUCGGCAUUGCUACUGACAAAAAUGUAACUGCCACAAAUCAUGCAGUCCCCGUGUUAUGGAGCGACAUUUAUAUUUUAGCCUCGAGACAGCUGACCAGAGAUACAUUUGAGAAGAUAGCCCUAGAGAUUGUCUUUCGUGACAAUGCAGAAAGUGAUUUCAUCUAUAUCAACGUCAUUAAUAAGGAUUGGUUUCGUUUCCAUGGUUCCGAUAAAGAUCAUCUCUGGCUAAAUAAUGUCAAUGUAGAUACGGAACGUAUGAUGAACUCUUUGACUAUUGGAAUUGAAAACAACAUCCUCUUGUCAACAGUUCUGCUAUGUACUUCUAUUACUUUUCACAAAUCAAAUUAUACUGUAGCUUGGAGUGGAACAAAUUUGGAGGGGAACGUGACAGUGACAGUGGAUGUAGGUGGGAGUGUGACAGUGACAGUGGAUGUAGGUGGUACAAUACUAACCAUUUCAAACAUGUCUGACAUGAAUAGCAUGGAGGUCACUGAAAAUGAAGAGUUACAUGUCUGCACAGAAGUCUUGGAGAAAUAUGUCAACGAGUUAAGAAAACAAAAAGAAAAGAGACCGAUAGUCAUGGCAAUGAAUGUUUUAACUUACGUCUGUUUGUGUGCAUCAGAGUUAUGUCUCUUGUUCACUUUAGUUACGUACCUUGGAUUUCCUGAACUUCGAACUGUGCCAGGUAUUAACAACAUGUUCCUCUGUCUGAGUCUUCUACUUGCCCAGUUGGCCUUGGUUCUAGCAUCUAACAUAUCCGCUCCCAGUAAUUUAUGUACAGGUGUAGGUCUAAUCACACAUUUCUUGUGGCUAUGGCACUUCACUUGGAGUUUCUUGUGCAGUCUUCACAUGUUUCAAGUGUUUACAGCCACGGUACCAACUCAGUCAUUAAAUGGCAGUGGCAAGUUCAUUCUUGUUGUUCAACUGACAACGGUAUCACUGGUUCUCCCAGUAACAGUAGUGCUUGCUGUCAUUAUUUCAUCCUUUGUAACAUCGCACACUAUUGGCUAUGGGAGGCUGUCCUGCUACCUUGACACAGCUUAUCUGAUUGGAUUGUCUGUGGUGGCUCCAAUCUGUUUGGUUUCUCUUUGCUGCUUAACAUUCCUGGGCAUAACCAUCGCCAGCAUCCAUAAAGUCAAUAAGAUUCUGAGUCUCGCAUCCUUGGAAAUGGACCAAUACAGAAACUGUUUACUCUACGUGAAAUUGUCCUUUGUAACUGGAGUUUAUUGGAUAGUGACCAUUAUCGCUGAGGCUCUCGACAGCGAUAUCUUGUGGAUUAUUUCACUUCUAUUGAAUGGUCUUCAAGGCGUUGCUAUAUUCGUCUCAUACAUGUGUAACAAAAGAGUGUAUCGACUGUAUCUCUCCAAGUUCUUGUCUCAACAAACUUCAUCACUACAACAAACUUUAUCAGUACAACAAACGAUGACUAGUGAAUGAAACUCAACAUCCUAGCACGGCAACAAACUACAAUGACCAGUCAAUGAAACUUAAUAUCCUGAGAUAGCCAAGACAAAUAUGUUUAUGCUUCAUUGAAUCUCAUAAUUUGCAGUUGUUUCUCUAAAUUAAAAACAGAUGACAUGCAUUACAAAUAAUUAACUGACAGCCAGGUUUUAAAAUAUGCAUUUCUAUAGAUUUUUUAACAAAGUUUAUAUCAACUAUUUCUGUCUGUUUGUCUGUCUAUGUGGUAAAAUUUUGUGCACGUUAUUUCUCUCACACCCAAUCUCGGAUCCAGUUGAAAUAUAUUUUAUUUGCACAAUUAUUUCUUGAACCAGACAAAACAAGAAUCAUUUAAAAAAUUAACCAAUUAUUUAAUUAGCUAUAGGUAAUUAAUUAUUGUGUAUGGUAUUGAACAAAGGAAAGAAAUUGUACUGGCAGAUGUGGUGGUAUAAGUUGAAUUAGUCCCCUUGAGGAGGGUUAGAGUUUGAAUUCAAGUCGUACAACUUUAAAAAAUAAUUAAAAAGCGACCACGGUAACAUUUACAUUCUGGUCCCAACUGGUUCAAACAAGUGAUAGGAUCAGAGUGCACUGAAAAAGCUAAAAGCAUGAAAUUGUGUUAAAGAAAAACACUUAUUAUCGUUAGUCUCGAUCUAUUAAACAUUCAAUGACACAACUGAUCCAAACUUAUUGAUAUAAUUACACUUAAUUUAUGUUUUGGUUUUAAAAAGUAUUUUAUAUGUUUUUCUUGUUUUUUAUAUCGAUUAGAGGCUAUAGAGCUACUCAUUCUGAAACAAAACAUCAACAAUUUUCUUAGAGGCUAUAGAGCUACUCAUUCUGAAACAAAACAUCAACAAUUUUCAUCUCUAUGUGAAACUAAAAGGUUUACGCCCAUAAAAUUAUGUAUAGUUUACUUUUCAAAGAACAGUGUAGGCCUAAGUGGAGCAAAUAAAAUUUGAACGACUCAUUUAAAUCUUUCACCAGUCUUUUCUAUUUUAGUUAUUUUUUGAAUAAACAUUUAAUUCUUGCAGAAUAAUUCGCUACAACAAUCUUGAGCAUAUAACAUGCUCCACGGAUAGCCUUGGAAUGUAUUGCUUCUUUAUAGUUUCAUUGGUAGUAUGCAUUCUAAGGAUCAAAUUUAAAAAUGUUUCUUACGCUCGUUGACAAUAUUCCUCUAAAGAGUUGCCAAGUCAAUCAUGGGAUGGCUACCAACAUUCCUCUGACUGAAUGGCAACGUUCUUGAGAUUGACCUACAACCAGGGCCGGUCUUAGGCCACUGCAGCCAAUGCGGCCGCAGUGGGCCCCGCACAUUCAUAGGCCCCGCGCGAUGCGAAUUCUAGGUGUAAAUUAUUAAAUUAAACCAUUUUAACUUAUUAAAGGGUUCCUGGAAUUCUCCUGAAAUUAUAAAAUUUAAGAAAAAGUCAUGAAAAUCUUCUGAAAUUAUUAAAAUCUUCUGAAAACUGAUGCAAAUCUCCUUAAAACAGACAAAAUUGUCAUUUCGGGGUGUCAUUCAAUAUGGAAAACGCCAAUCCCACUCGAAACAGCUUUGUCAGCUUUCAUUUAAUAAAAAUGUAAUAAUAAGCCGAAUUUUAACAAAAACAAAAAGUUAAAAUACUUAAUUUACUUUAAUAGUCACUGGCAUACAAAUAUAGAUCUGAAUCAAUCUUGACCUCUUCGAAAAAGAAACAACGAUAUUUUGCUAGUCGAUAGUAAAUCUAAAAGGCAGAUCUGAAUGUUUAUAGGUGUUUUGUUGGAAAACUACUAUCUACAGUAAAGUUAAUUUAACAGUGAUUUUGUACUUAGUAAACAAUAAAUAAAAUGCAAAGACGAAUUUAUUUUCUAAUACAAAAUCUUAAUUUUCACUUAUUAUCUUAUUACAACGCAAAUUAGGCCCCGCGCAAUCCGUUUCGCAUAGGGCCCCGCAACCUGUAGGACCGGCCCUGCUUACAACAUACUGACUUGCAUUACAAUAUUCUUGGUGCAGGUAGGCCUACUUUUAAAAUUCUUAGACCUUCCACAAAUUUAAUGAAAAUGUCUGGCCCUUUUGUUGCUCCCUUCAUGAAACGCAUGUAGGAAAACUCUUCAAUAACAGAACAUUUUUCUUUUAAAUAAUGCCAAUGUAUAUAAAAAUAAACCUGUAUGUUAUUUGUUGUUGUUGUUUUUUUUCAUAGUAAAAACAAAACGUGGCGGGCCAGAUGAAAUUUCUCGGCGGGCCAGAUUUGGCCAUCACUGCUUUAGACUGACUGAAAACAUUCUUUACACUGACUGACAACAAUCCUCAGACUGACUGACCCCUUUUUUAGGAUGACUUACAAACUACGUCCCGCGGGCCAGAUCCGGCCCGCGAGGUGCUUCUAUCCGGCCCGCCGAAGCAUUGGAAAAAAAUGUUAAAAACAAAGGUAAAAAAUUAUAAUGUUGAAAAAAAUAUUCUCUUUAAGUUAUGAUUCUCAUCAUUCUUUGAUAAAUUUCAUCUUUUUGUUUGGUAUUUUAAUAUUCAUAGUAAAUAUUUUUUUAUUGUAAGA